AUGGGGAAGCUGGCAGCAGAGCACGCGUUCCUGGAGGAGAUGCGAGGGCGAGGGGAUCUGUACGUGGUGAUGGGGGUGGUAGAGACCGCGCAGGAGGUGACGGCGAGAGCUGGCAAGGCUGACGGCUGCUUCUCCCUCCCAUUCUUCGCCCCGCUGGGGCUACAGGGAUCCAUAAACCACAAGGAGGCUGUCACCAUCCCCAAGGGCUGCGUCCUGGCAUUUCGAGUGAGACAGCUGAUGGUCAAAGGCAGAGAUGAGUGGGAUAUUCCACACAUCUGCAAUGAUAACAUGCAAACCUUCCCUCCCGGCGAAGAGCCAGAAGAGGAGAAGCUCACCUUUAUCCAGGCAUCUGAUGGUAAGGAAGUACACGAGGACUUCAGGACCCUAAAAGAAGAGGUUCAAAGGGAGACCCGGGAAGUGGAGAAGCUGAGCCCAGAAGGGAAGAGCUCCCUGCUCAGCUCCCUCAGCAAACUCUUAGGGAAGGAAAAGGAGCUAGAAGACCUGGAGCUCACGCUUGAAGGAGCUCUAGACAAAGGACAUGAAGAAACCCUGGAGGCACUCCCAAAAGAUGUCCUACUCUCAAAGGAGGCUAUGGGUGCUGUCCUCUAUUUCCUUGGAGCUCUAACAGAGCUAAGUGAAGCCCAACAGAAGCUGCUGGUACAAUCCAUGGAGAAAAAGAUCUUACCUUUGCAGCUAAAGCUGAUGGAGAGCACAAUGGAACAGAAUUUCCUCCAGGAUAAAGAGGAUGUUUUCCCCCUGCAACCUGAGCUGCUUUCCUCCCUUGGGGAAGAGGAACUGACCCUCACAGAGGCCCUAGUGGAGCUGAGUGGCCUGGAAGUGCAGAGAUCGGGCCCCCAGUACACAUGGGACGCAGUCACCCUUCCCUGCCUCUGUGCCCUUUACGCUGGCCUCUCCCUCCUGCAGCUACUGACCAAGGCUUCCUAA